CAAUUAUUUUUUGUUUCCUUCUUUAUGGGAAGAAAAAUAUGGCGGAUUCUGAUUGGAGAAAAACUGCGCAUGUGUGACAUGAAAUAAACACUAAAGCACCGCUUCCGGUUAAUGAUACGGGGAAAAUGCAGAAAGAAGAGAAGCAACUUGAGCAUACGGUGGAAUCUCUUAUUCAGAGAGUUCAAGACAUAAAGAAUUCCAUUGCUAAUUUUCUUCUGAAGUUGGAAAAUGAGUACAACACCCUGCAUUGGCCAACAGUGCUUGACAACUUUGCCCUUUUAUCUGGGCAGUUGAACACGCUUGGGAAACUUCUUAGAAAUGAAAAAGUGCCACCUUUACGGAAUUCCAUCCUUCUUCCAAUUGCUUUAUCAGGUGAUAGAGAUCCAGAGUUGGAGAAAAUUACAGAGAGAAGAGUGAUUGCUUUCAAUGCAGAUGUUGUGCCCCAUUAUCUCAGGACAAAGCCAGAACCAGAGGUGGAAGAGCGCCUACAGCCAGUAUUGACCAGGGCAUCCACAUUGACCACAGAAAUGGCUCAGAAGCAGAUCAAUGCCAUGAAUAAGAUGACCAGUAACAUUGUAGACAUUAUAAAGUCGCAUCAGGAAACCAUGGAGAAGGAAGCAAAUCAGAAAUCAUCCCUCUCCCAGACCUCCUCACAGGCAGAUACAAACACACUACUGUCUGCUGUGUUAACGGGUAAAGGCUUCAAGUCAACCAGUAUGCGACGAGCAGAUAUUUCACAGCAACAGAACAGCAUGCAGGCUCAGCAACAGGCAGCACAACAGAAAGCGCAAGGAAACAGCGUAGGAAAAGUCCCCAGUUCUAUAAAGACAAACAUCAAGCAAGGCUCAAGUAGUCACCCAUACCAGCGAAACUUAAAUUAACUGGGCAAGUUUAAAAGGAGCCAGAAAAUUGUGACUGAACAAUGUGAUGAUGCUGUUGUUGAUGUCUGUCAAGAAGUGGAGACUCGCGUGAACAGAUUAGAUGGACACUUUGCUGAAUUUGGUGAAUGAAAUGCAAUCCUCAUUUAGCAAUCACAGAAAGCUCAAAAAAUAUAAGCCAAAGAGAUGUCUUUUUGGUAAUACUUAUUAAUAACAAAAUAGUGCACAUUGCAUUGAGUGUUGUGUGCUAUUUGAGAGGUCUGUAUUUUAAUUGUGUAAAAUGCUAAUACAUGAUUGGGAUUUGUAGAAGGAAGUAAUUGCGCAUAUAAAGAUUCAACAGUGUUAAUUUUUACUAAACUUCCUCAUAAAUAGACUAAUCCAAUUUUGUUGAGGUGGCAUGCAGUGCAAAUCCUUUGUUUUAAAAACAGGAUUUUUUCCAUUGCAGAAAUGCAUAUUUAUGAAAUUAAUGUCAUAAUAGGGGAGAUCUGUUCUUGUCGAUAUGUUGCACAAAACUACAAAAUAAACAUUUUGACAAGUC